UCUCUCCAUCAGGAAGUGUACUUAAGCCAAGCAACCUGCAGAGCCAGAAACUUAAAAAUUGCAAUCUGAAAAAACACGAUUUUAUGCAUGAACCAGAAAUGAAAAUGUAUUCCUGCCAACGUUUAACGGAUUAGCUAUAAUACUUAUUGAUAACAAAAUCAUAAACCACACGCUUGUUACAUCAAUCACGCAAGGUCUACGUUCGAACCUAUUAAAGCAUAGGCGUCACAUAAAUUUAUGAAUAUUAACAGUAGUAAUGGGAUCACGAGCGCUGCUGCUUCAGGGAUGCCCGCAAUUACGCGAAAAUACGUGCGACAUUACAGAAAUUGGCAAGUUGUCCGAUCCAAUCGAUUUUAGAUUGAACACAAAUAAGUAGACAGACAUCAGAUAGGUUAAACAAGACAAGGUUAAAGCAAAUCAACAAAUUAUUCUGAACUGAUCCAUAAAAUGAAGACGGGUCUCUAUUAUUUCGCCCUCCUGGGAAGUACAAAUGGUACCCCAAACAAAUUAAAUAUAUCCUCUAUUAGAAGAGGUAUAAGGUUUUUCAAACAACAUGCAUUUUCGCAGUCGAUUAUUUUGCCAACUUACUGGAGCUAUUUUUGUCAUGUUAAUCGGUCUAAUCGGAGCUGAAUUAUUACCUGAUGACAGUGCUCUUAACACUUUUUACGAAAACUUAUUGCAACGUGAAUACGCUGGACCCGUGAUUUUACCUAACCAUCAACUUGAACGUAAAGCGCAAAGGUCACCUUCGUUACGUCUUCGUUUUGGAAGACGGAAUGAUCCGGAAUUAAUCAGGCAAUUACCUAUUAAGCGUUGGUUCGGUGAUGUCAAUCAAAAGCCCAUUAGAUCACCAUCACUACGUUUACGUUUUGGAAGACGUAGCGAUCCCUCGAUGCCGCUACGUAGCCCUUUGGAUAUGCUAAUAAACGCACGUUUCUCUCAAAAUCUUGCUAACGACAAUGAUUACAAUGAUUUAUUUGGCGGCUAUUAUCACCGAGUUGUCCGUAAGCCACAACGCUUACGUUUUGGCCGCAGUCUACCCAUGAAUAUAAAAGCGGAGAAUUUUAAUAAUGACAUACUCUCGGAUGACGAAGAGAAGUUAAACGACGCCGAUGAAGUAUUGGAAAGCAAUAAGGAAAAUGAUUUUCUCAAUACUCUGGUUCACUCGUCUCGGUUAAGGAAUUUAUUAGAGGCCUUGAGAGAAUACGAACACUUUCACGAAGACAUUGACGACGAAGGAAAUGAAAAGGAAUUCCAAGGCGAGGAGAAUAUGGACGACUUUGAACGAGCUAUACGUAAACCAGCGCGUUUAAGAUUUGGACGUAGUACAAAUAACAAUGUGGACACGCAAAGUAAGACAGCACAAAAAAACGAAAACUCAGAGAAGAAGACAGACAAUGGCAGGAAAUCUGUGCUUAACGAAAGAAAAGACUAAAUGCGCUGCAGUAACGCUAUGCUAUGACAUGUUGGAGUUUCUAUAAAGACUCGGCAACACUCGAAACAACAUUUACAAGCGGAAGACUAUAUGGUGGUAUUCACGAUUCCGAGAUCCGGGAAUGAGAGAAAAAUGAUGAGAAGUAAAAUAAAUAACAACGGAGUAGCCUUAGAAUAUCCAAAAUUUGAAUUUUGAUAUUAUUUUCCGAUUAUUUAUUUUAUUAGAUCAGUUUUAUCUCCGAAAUAUUAUUCAUAGCACGCUUUUAUUUCAUUUAUAAAUUUACUUGUCUAUUAUUAUUUAUUUUCUUGAUUUGCGACAAGUGAAUCAAAGAAGUGAAAUUAAUUUCUAUAGUAUUUUAUGUAACUCUUUAAAUUCUUUGCCCGUUGGCUACUCAAGGAUCGUGAAUAGCACUAAUAUAUAAAUUUUUUUUUUUAAUAUGAGUAAAAUAUUUAAAACUAGUUUAAUUAACAAUAAAAAAAAGCAAAAAAAACAGUUACAAAAACACUUGGCAAAAAUAAAAAUUAACAUACUACACGUUAGUUGUAGCAAAAAAUACUUAUAAACUUCCCAUAUAUGAAUUAUAUUUAAUAUAAUAUUUAAGGAAAGAAAGAAGAAGAACGAUUUUGCUUUCAAAUAAUAAUUAUUAAAUAAAGGCGACCUAACUAAGAUAAUAACAUCGGGCAGAAAGUAAAGAAUUUUUCAUUCUACGUGCCAAGCACAUUAUUCCCGCUUAGCACUCAGUUUAGUUAUAUACAUAUAUAUGUCUGUCUGCUUACCUGUCGCACACACACUUCCCAAAGGCCAAAAACACGAAGAGAAGCGAAACGAACAAUUUCAAAAGAUUGUUGUAAACAACUUGCAAACUAUAGCACAAAAAGCGCAAACCAAUGUGUGAGUUGGCCUAUAUUCUAAGGCGAAUUAAAUGCCCCUCUCUUUUUUCAUUAUUAUUAAUCCAUGUCAUCUCAUCGCUGAGAGUUGUCCCCCCACACACGCCUUGCUUGGCUAACUGAUAUUGUUUCAAUAGUGCAGCACUUCGUCAUCAACGUCUUGAAACCAUAACGGCAGAUGCGAGUACAGCUUUAUCACGUCCAUAACCCACUGACAAUGUUUUAUCAAUAUUGCAGAGAAGAACGAGAUGCAAGCUAUUCUUUUUUAUUAGAUAUGCGCUCUGAACUGGCUACUGGUACCGGUCAUAUUUGUUACGAUUCGCACGAUGUCCGCACUUUAUCAUACUUUCUGAACCUUUUUCCCCUUUCGAAUAACAUUUGCAAGACGCAAUCGUUUCUCGUCAUAUUACAGUUUGCAUCUCUUCCAUGAUGACCAUGAUACCACUUAUUCGACCAAUGCCUGUCAUGUCGCCAUUAUACACCGAAAUCGACGCAACAAAUGCCGUAACAUAUGUACGGCGUGACGUUUAUAUUAUGCCCUAUGUGGUUUUUGUGGAUCAUCCUCCACUCCGUUAGAUCGAUUUAUUUUAUUUUUUUUUUUUCCCCCUUCCAAAAGAAGCAAGGGAACACAGUGCCCACAAUGCAUGUUUUAAAAUAAUUGAAAUUGAAUUGUACGCGUUAAACUAUUCGUAUAAUUUCUUAAAAU